CCCGCCCCUUGGCCUGCCGCUCCGCCCCCGCGGGGCGUCCCGGGCCGCUCGUCCCCUCAGCGGCGGCCGCACGCGGCCCGGGGUCGCCCAGAAACCAAGCAGCAACAGCCCUUGGAGAGAGGCUAAGUUUUUCUUGACUUCUACGGUGACAAAGACCUUGAGAAAGUUGGUACUUCUGGCCUACGCUGCCAACGUCUUACCACCCAGCCCGAGAGCCCAAGCUGGACAUUAGUGCCUCCCUCUUUAUUCCCCUGUGAUCGUCUGACACAGAUCAGCAUCUGACUGUUUAUUUUCAAAUCUCACAAACCCAGCUCAGCCCUCAGAUCUUCAUAAUUUUGGUUCUCAGCUGCUCUUUAAGGACAGUGACUUGUUACCACCACCACAGCAGAGCCUGACAUCCCCAGCAGAUCUCCAGUCAGCCCCUGACAUCACCCCUUCCCUUGUCUCCCUCUGUGGCCUCCUAAAUGCCCAUCCCAUUGGCCUGUGUUCAGCUGGUGGUAUGGAGGGGUGCUGCCUAGCACUGACCUGGGAGUGUGUGUGACCCACUGACCCAAUGGACAUCAAAGGCCAGUUCUGGAAUGAUGAUGAUUCGGAGGGAGAUAAUGAAUCAGAGGAAUUUCUCUAUGGAGUUCAGGGGAGCUGUGCAGCUGACCUGUAUCGACACCCACAGCUUGAUGCAGACAUUGAAGCCGUGAAGGAGAUCUACAGUGAGAACUCUGUAUCCAUCAGAGAAUAUGGAACUAUCGAUGACGUGGACAUUGACCUCCACAUCAACAUCAGCUUCCUCGAUGAGGAAGUCGCUACAGCCUGGAAAGUCCUCCGAACAGAACCUAUUGUGUUGAGGCUGCGAUUUUCUCUCUCCCAGUACCUCGAUGGACCAGAACCAUCAAUUGAAGUUUUCCAGCCAUCGAAUAAGGAAGGGUUUGGGCUGGGUCUUCAGUUGAAAAAGAUCCUGGGUAUGUUCACUUCCCAACAAUGGAAACAUCUCAGCAACGAUUUCUUGAAGACCCAGCAGGAAAAGAGGCACAGUUGGUUCAAGGCAAGUGGUACCAUCAAGAAGUUCCGAGCUGGCCUCAGCAUCUUCUCACCCAUCCCCAAAUCUCCCAGUUUCCCUAUCAUACAGGACUCCAUGCUGAAAGGCAAACUGGGUGUACCAGAGCUUCGAGUUGGGCGCCUCAUGAACCGUUCCAUCUCCUGCACCAUGAAGAACCCCAAAGUGGAGGUGUUUGGCUACCCUCCCAGUCCCCAGGCAGGUCUCCUGUGCCCCCAGCACGUGGGCCUCCCUCCCCCAGCACGGACCUCUCCUUUGGUCAGUGGUCACUGCAAGAACAUCCCCACUCUGGAAUAUGGAUUCCUUGUCCAGAUCAUGAAGUAUGCAGAACAGAGGAUUCCAACGUUGAAUGAGUACUGUGUGGUGUGUGAUGAGCAGCAUGUCUUCCAGAAUGGGUCCAUGCUCAAGCCAGCCGUCUGUACUCGUGAGCUGUGUGUUUUCUCCUUCUACACUCUGGGAGUCAUGUCCGGAGCUGCAGAGGAGGUCGCCACUGGAGCAGAGGUGGUGGAUCUGUUGGUGGCCAUGUGUAGGGCAGCUUUGGAGUCCCCUAGAAAGAGCAUCAUCUUUGAGCCUUAUCCAUCUGUGGUGGACCCCACUGAUCCCAAGACUCUGGCCUUUAACCCCAAGAAGAAGAAUUAUGAGCGACUUCAGAAAGCUCUGGAUAGUGUGAUGUCCAUCCGGGAGAUGACCCAGGGCUCAUAUCUAGAAAUCAAGAAGCAGAUGGACAAGCUGGAUCCCUUGGCCCAUCCUCUCUUGCAGUGGAUCAUCUCUAGCAACAGGUCACACAUUGUCAAACUACCUCUCAGCAGGCAGCUGAAGUUCAUGCACACCUCACACCAGUUCCUCCUGCUGAGCAGCCCUCCUGCCAAGGAGGCUCGGUUCCGGACCGCCAAGAAGCUCUAUGGCAGCACCUUUGCCUUCCAUGGGUCCCACAUUGAGAACUGGCAUUCGAUCCUGCGCAAUGGGCUGGUCAAUGCAUCCUACACCAAACUGCAGCUGCAUGGAGCAGCCUAUGGCAAAGGCAUCUACCUGAGCCCCAUCUCCAGUAUUUCCUUUGGAUACUCAGGCAUGGGAAAAGGACAGCACAGGAUGCCCUCCAAGGAUGAGCUGGUCCAGAGAUAUAACAGGAUGAAUACCAUCCCCCAGACCCGAUCCAUUCAGUCGAGGUUCCUGCAGAGUCGGAAUCUAAACUGUAUAGCACUUUGUGAAGUGAUUACAUCUAAGGACCUCCAGAAGCAUGGGAACAUCUGGGUGUGCCCUGUGUCUGACCAUGUCUGCACACGGUUCUUCUUUGUAUAUGAGGAUGGUCAGGUGGGCGAUGCCAACAUUAAUACUCAGGACCCCAAGAUACAGAAGGAAAUCAUGCGUGUGAUCGGAACUCAGGUUUACACAAACUGAGGGGGCCCCAGCCCUCGUACCACCCCUGUUCCCCCAGGAUCCAUCUGCCCUCAUACAAGGGCUCAGGAGCAGCAUGCGAGGCUGCCCUGAGGAAUCAAGGGGCCAUUACCAAGGGGCAGGAAAAGGAUAGAAGAGGCAGCCUUCAUGGUGGAGACUGACCCAGGAACCACUCCACAUUUGGAUGGCCCAGACUGACUCCCUACUCCUGAUUUUCCCAGUUGACUUCACCCUGUUUGUAAAUAAAACAAUAAAAUGGAAGGUGCUGUG